AUGGCUGUAAGAUUCAUAAGGAAACAGCUUGUUUCUCCAAGAAUGGAAGAUUUGGCAGUUCUAAUUGGAGGUUUUGAUUCCCAUAACCCUAUGUUACCUUGUAUACUGCGAGCAAACAAGUUUGCGGUUUUAGCGCGGUACGAUAACUUUCCUCAUAGUUCGUAUGAAGCUAGUCAUGAAGUUCAUUAUGCAGCUGCAGGACUCGUAGAAAAGUACUAUGAAUACUGCAAGGAUAACUUUGCAGCCUCCGAAAAAAUGAAAUGUGGAUCCGCAGCAUUGAUUGAUUUCAACCCUAUCCAUGCCACUGAUGUGCAACUUCCUGCUGGUGGAACUUUUGUGGUAGCCCAUUCCUUGGUAGAACCCCAGAAAGGAAUAACUGCGGCAAUAAAUUACAAUAACAGAGUUUUUGAGUGUCGCCUAGCGGCAAUUGUCCUUGGUAUAAGGCUAGGGAUGAAACAAGAGGAUGCGGUCUCUAAAGUUAAAUCUCUAGAUGAUGUUGAGGGUUUAUGCGUUUCUUUUGCUGACAGUCGCGGCUCAUCUGAUCCUGUCCUUGCUAUCAAGGAAUUUCUGAAGGAAAAGCCUUAUACAACUGGAGAAAUUGAAGAAAUCAUACAGGAAAGUCUGGAAUCAGUCUUUUCUAGUUCUUCAUCUUCACUGGAUGUGCUUAAGGCCACAAAGCACUUCAAAUUGCUCCAGCGGGCAUCUCACGUAUACUCAGAAGCUAAGCGUGUUUAUGCUUUCAAGGAAGCUGUAUCAUCAAAAUUAAGGUGCGCCCAUCUUGUAAAUGUGUGA